UCGAAUCACCAAUUCGAGUACCGCGACGUCGUCGUCAGAAUUCCUUGGCGCAGAAAUAAUUCUCUCAAGUUAUAAGUUUCUCUGUGACAAAGUUCGUUCGGCCAGUUCGGCAGACAGAGUUCCCGAGUGCCAUUUAAAAGUGGAAACUCGCACACCGAAACGGUGCUAGUUGACGGUGUUCCGUGGUGCAUAAGUUGGGUGUACACUAGCGCCGAACAGUAGUGGGAACUUCUCCUUAAAGAAGAGUGGCCAGUUUCGUGCUGCGUUAAGGAAAGCAUCCCGGACGCAAGUUUGCGGUCGAAGCUCGAGAGGAGAAAGUCAAGCCCUCCUCGGCGUUACACAAUAGAAACCGCACCCGCCAUCAUAUCAUCGGAGCAAUCCGGUCUCUCAACACCUCGCCGUCGGCAUAGCAACGGCAGCACCACUAGAGCCUAACUACUGUCGAUUACAAGUCCCCACUGGUGCAAUAGACGUCUCGCGCAAUGUCGGUCACAAUGCACGACAACAUGUCGACCAAGCCUUCGGGAGUAAACCGGGUCAGUAGUCGCAGCUGGCUGGUGGCCGCCGGGUUGCUGCUCGUUGCCGGGGUGAUGCUGGCCCAGCUGACCACGGUGGCCGCGGAUGCGACCAGCCCGGCGACGACGGUCCGGUCACAGGUUUCGGACGAAGCCCUCGAGAAGGCCCUCAGCGACAAGCGGUACCUAAUGCGGCAGCUCAAGUGUGCCCUCGGCGAGGUGCCCUGCGAUCCGGUCGGGAAGCGGCUGAAGAGUUUGGCACCGUUCGUCCUGCGUGGAGCCUGCCCACAGUGUACGCCGGUCGAGACGACGCAGAUCAAGAAAACGUUGGCCCACCUGCAGCGCAACUUCCCGGCCGAGUGGAACAAGCUCAUACAGACCUACGCCGGGUAGAGGGCGAGCGGUCUAGGAGGUCCUGGACCGGGAACGACUGACGCCGGCCACACGGGCCACAAAUCAUCCACAAAUCCUUUCCCGGUUCGCGAAGAUGCAACAAGCCUAUAUUUUAGAACAAAACCGAAAGCAGCAGAAACUUAGCGAAGGUGGUAGACGCACGUGCGCCAACAAAUGGCCGUCCGACAACAAAAAUCAAUAAAG